GGCAGUCAGUCAGUUCUCUUAAAACGAGCAACAUUCGCUAAGAUUAUUUCGCAGUGAUCGUCGCAGUAGUUUAUUGUAGUUUUUUAAGUGCGUGAUAUUGCGAGAAUAUCAGAACAUUUAUUCUUAUUAAUGAGUAUCAAAUAAAUAAAUGCACUUUCCUAGUGUCAUUUUAAUGGCCACAGCUCUGCUGUGUGCCGCCAAUGUGCAGGCCUACCGCUACUUGGCCAUUAUACAUACCGGCGCCAAAUCGCAUCACAUCGUCGGUUCAGCGCUGAUGAAAGAGCUGGCGCGUAGAGGUCACCAGGUGACUGUCAUUUCACCAUUUCCACUAAAGAAGCCGAUGGAGAAUCAUUUUGACAUUGAAAUACCUACUAUUAAGGCAGUCAUGGAGAACACCGCAUCUGCUCUUUUGAAAACUACUGAGAAAAGUAUUGUAGAGAAUGUGCGAGGUUUCUAUGAAAUGGGUCUUAAUAUGACCCGCAUAUUCCUAGAAGAGAACAAUGUUAAAGCGCUUCUGGCUAGUAAUCAAACCUUCGAUGCUGUUAUUUGUGAAGUUUUUCUCGCUGAAGCGCUCUAUGGACUUAGUGAACAUUACAAUGUGCCACUAAUAGGUCUAGGCACCUUCGGCGCCCAUGCUUGGAACACAGAUAUGGUCGGCUCACCUAGCCCACCUUCGUAUGUGGCAAGUGCUUUACUGCCAUUCAAUGAACACAUGACGCUGUGGCAACGUGUGGGUAACUUUGCAUUUGGCAUUUUCGAACGUUUGCUGCUCGAUCUAUAUUAUUUGCCAAAACAAGCAGCUAUAUAUAAGGAAUAUUUUCCCAACAACAAACGUGAUAUGUACGAGGUGCGUCGCAACGCUGCCUUAGUGCUGCUCAAUCAGCACGUCUCGCUGAGUUUCUCCCGUCCUUAUGUCCACAAUCAGAUCGAAGUUGGAGGCAUGCACAUUAAUCGAAAACGCUCACCUCUACCAGCCGAUUUGGAACGAUUCAUUAAAGAAUCGAAACAUGGAGUCAUCUAUUUCUCAAUGGGUUCCAAUGUGCGUAGCAAAUUUUUGCCUGCGGAGAAGCGUAAGGCAAUACUUGACACAUUCCGUGGCUUGAAACAGCGUGUGCUUUGGAAGUUCGAAGAUCCAAAACUUGAAGGUAAACCGGAUAAUGUUUAUAUUAGUGAAUGGUUUCCACAGGACGACAUUUUGGCACAUCCGAAUGUGAAAUUUUUCAUUACGCAUGGCGGUUUACUCAGUACCACUGAGUCAAUUUAUCACGGCAAACCUUUUAUUGGCAUACCGAUCUUUGGCGAUCAGUUUCUCAAUAUGAAGCGCGCCGAAACUGGCGGCUAUGGUAUAAGUGUGGAUUACACUAGUUUCACAAAAGAGAAAUUCCAGUCAGCCAUUGAACGUAUGUUGAAUGAUGAGAGCUAUACGAAGCGUGUAGCGGAUAUAUCAGCGCAAUAUCGCGAUCAGCCAAUAAACCCAUUGGAUUUGGCGGUCUAUUGGGUAGAAUAUGUGGUAAGGCAUAAGGGUGCAAGACAUUUACAUUGCGCCGGACAAGAUUUGAGCUUCAUACAAUAUCAUAGUAUUGAUAGCAUGUUGAUCAUAUUUGGUGGUCUGACUUUAGUGCUGUUGCUGGUCUUGCUGCUGAUACGUUCUGUAUGGGGUUGGUUACAAUUUGCGCUUGCACGUAAGGAUAUCAAGAAGAAGACGCACUAAAAUGUGAGAAUUAAUUUAAAAUGUUUCAAAAAUUGUAAUAGUGAAAACUUGUAUUAUUUAAUGCUUAUUUUAUUGAAAUUGCUUGUUCAUAAUUAUUAAGCUAAUUUUAAUGAUAAUAACUUAACGUAAUGAAUCAAAGAAAAAUAAUGAUGAUUUUUAUUUUGUUCUAA